CAACCAGACAGGAGUAUUCAUGUGUGGUGACGAGGGUGUUGCACCACUCUCAGGGUCAAUCACCACUCAACUAGGUCCUUCAGCGUCAUUCACCACUCAUAUAGGUCCUGUAAGAGAAGGAAGGUGACAGGGGUUUACUCUACACCGGGUUAAGAAGCUGUUAUCGUCUCGUGUAACACCCGGACACGAGUUACCUGGUUUAAGCCACAUGCUGAAAGUAGCCGCGACUGUAUCUCGUAGAUCAGAAAAGGCAGUGAAGCAGUUUAUCCAUUCAGUGACUCUGACCAGAAGGGCCUUUGAGCCUGUCUGUGGCACUGCUCUACAUAUAUUUACUGGGAGGAAUAUUUUCGUCCUAAAUCGUCAAUAUUUGUCGUCUGAUUCAUCAUUAACGUCCUGUCAUAGAGUGAGGGAGUUGGUGUCAAGUCCUCCAUUCCUGAAAUAUUCUCAAGAGGUUGAUAUUAUGUCGUCGUUCCCAUUCUGUGCCGAGUACGACAAGAGAGGCGCAGCUAAAUGUAAGAAAUGCAAGGAUAAAUGUGAGAAGGGAGCCCUUCGAAUUGGCAAAAUUGUCCCCAACCCUUUCUCUGAGUCUGCAGGGGAGAUGAAACAGUGGCACCAUGUGGACUGUAUAUUUGAGAUUUUCAAGCGUGCUCGGGCCACCACCAAGAAGAUUGAAGACCCAGUGGAAGACAUUGAAGGCUGGGAGAACUUGGAGGACGACGACCAGAAGAAGAUCCGAGCGUUAGUUGAUGAUCUUCUUGAAAAUGCCAACACCCCGAAGAAGACAACAUCAAAGAAGACAACUCCAAAGAAACAGACGCCACAGAAGAAGACGGCACAGAAGACUGGGAAGCUCGGCCCAUCAACACCAUCAGGUGGCGAGUCGUCAUCGGCCCCACCACCACCGAGGACAGACCCCGGCAUGGAUAGAACUCAUAAGGACAAUGCCUUCAGGGAGUUCAGGCGGAUUUGUGCAAAUAUUGCAGAAGAGUCGAGCUAUUUGGGCAAAACCGAGAUAUUGUCAAACUUCUUGAAGAAUGGCACAAGUAAAACUGGGUUCCAGGGUGACCUCAGACUGUGGGUGAAGCUGCUCCUGCCAGGGGUGGUGAAGAGGGUCUACAACCUUCAGUCCAAACAACUUAUUAAACUUUUCUCACAGAUAUUUAACACUAACUUGGAGGAAAUGAUGGAGGAUCUGGAACAAGGUGAUGUAGCGGAAACGGUCAGUACAUUCUUUGAGCGCUCCGCCAUGCUGCCUCCAGCAAAGAAGAGCAUUCUGUCCAUACAAGAAGUCGAUGAAAUGUUGCAGGACUUGACCGGGAAGACACGAGAGGAGGAACAGUCGCUGCACCUCAAGAAGAUCACUCAAAAAUGUACGAGCAAUGACUUGAAGAUGGUGGUGCGCCUGAUCAAAGGAGAUCUUCGUAUUAACGCAGGAGCCAAACACAUUUUGGAGGCCAUACAUCCUGAUGCCUAUGAAGCCUUCCAGACGACACGUAACAUAGAUAAUGUGAUUGACCAGAUCCUGGAGGCUGGCAGCUCUGGGGUCAAUUUGAAGAUGAAGGCUCAGGUCAUGACUCCCGUCCUCCCUAUGUUGGCUGAAGCGUGUAAAUCAGUUGACUAUGCGUUUAAGAAGUGUCCGAGCGGCGCCAUGUUUGCCGAGAUAAAGUACGAUGGAGAGAGAGUCCAAGUACACAAGAAGGGCAACAAGUUCAUGUAUUUUUCUCGCUCCCUGAAGCCCGUCAUGCCUCAUAAGGUGUCUCACUUCAAGAACUUCAUACCUGAGGCUUUUCCUGAGAGUAAGGAUCUUAUUCUUGACGCUGAGGUGUUGAUGAUUAACACCAAGACAGGAAUUCCUUUGCCCUUUGGAACUCUGGGGGUUCACAAGAAAGCAGAAUUCCAAGAUGCUAAUGUGUGUCUGUUUGUGUUUGACUGUAUCCACUACAAUGGGGAAGAUCUCAUGAACAAGGCAUUAUCAGAACGUCGUAAAGUCCUCGAAGAGAACAUGACCCCCAUCCAGAAUCGUAUUUUGUUCUCUGAAAUGAAGUUGAUACGAAAGAAGGAGGACCUGCGAGACAUGAUCAACCGUGCUCUGAGGGAGGGCCUUGAGGGGCUCGUGCUGAAGGAUAUUAAUGGUAUCUAUGAGCCUGGAAAACGUCACUGGUUGAAGAUCAAGAAAGACUACCUGAAUGACGGAGCGAUGGCCGACUCCGCUGACCUGGUGGUGCUCGGGGCCUGGUAUGGAACUGGCAAGAAAGGAGGAAUGAUGUCAGUCUUCUUGAUGGGAUGUUUCGACCCCAGAAUCAACAAGUGGUGCACAGUCACUAAGGUUCACACGGGCUUUGACGACACUGCCCUGGAACGACUACAGAACGACUUAAACAUGGUCAAGAUCAGUCAAGAUGCUUCUCGUGUUCCCUCGUGGCUCAAGUGUAACAAGCCCAUGACCCCGGACUUUGUUGCUGCCGACCCAAAAAAAUCACCAGUUUGGGAAGUGACCGGAGCAGAGUUCACUCGCCACCAGAUCCACACGGCAGAUGGCAUCUCAAUCAGGUUCCCUCGGGUCACCAAAGAACGUGGAGACAAGACUUGGGAAGAGGCCACAGAUCUUAAAGAACUCCAGGUACUUUACAAGAAUUCCAGGGAGAAUUUAGACUACGAGGCAUUGACAGCACAGACUACUAGUAAGACCGACGACGAUGAUGAUGAUGAUGAUGAUGACAGUAGCAAGAAGAGUGGAGGAAGUGGGUCUUCUACACCUGUGAGGCAGCCCCCCACCAGUAGAGGCUCCCCUACACCAGCAAGACAGCCCCCUAUUAGUGAGUCCCCAAGUGCCACAGCCUCCUCCAGCAAAAUAAGUGAAGAGAAGAGUAAGGUCAAGAGAACUGGGAGAGAACUUUUUAAACAUGAGAAAGUAAAGAAAGAAGAGAAGAUGGAGGAGGAAAACAAGACAGACAGUAGAAAGAGAAUAAUGAAACCAGAGGAAAAAAAACAUGAAGAAGAAGAGGAGCCAGUGAGGAAAAAGAAGUGUAAGUACGGUGCUGAGUGCCAUAAUGACAACGUAGCCCACCGAUACCUGUAUGACCACCCAGCGCCGCCUUCCUCUAAACCUCCGACAAUAAACCCUCUACCGGAUAUAUUCACUGGUGUUCAGGUGACCUUACCAGAUUCCUUGGACGAGGUGGACGUACUGAGGAGAUACAUCAUAGCAUAUGGAGGAGAAGUGUUGCCUAAAUUUAGGUCACAUGAAGCUACUCAUCUCAUUAUUGACCAGGGUGUGUCAUCCACGCUGCCACAGUGUACUACAGAGACGAGGAGGGUGACGACUACCUGGCUCUGGGACAGUAUCAAGCUACAGAGCCGCCAGCCCACCAGACUGUAUUGUAUAUAAGUGAUCCUACUUGUAUAUUGGCUUUUGAGUUCACCCACCUCUGUAACACUGGUGGCCACUGUAGUGUACUGAGGGCCCUUACACACUGUACUACUAUGGUGGCCCUACACACUGUAAUACUGGUGGCCCUACACACUGUAAUACUGGUGGCCC